AUGGCAGGCGAUGAGGCGCUGCUGCACAUUUUCGUCGGUACCCUCUCGGCCGACAAAACGACGCGGGAGCAGGCGGAGGCGACCCUCACGCAUAUCUCCGCCGACCCGCGGCUGAUCACGCGGCUCAUUCAUUUCUCCUGUCAAGAACUCCCGUUUCAUGAUGUCCCUGCGGAAAUGCAGCAGGCGUUGCAGGCCGCAUCCAUACGUGUGCGCAACGUGUUGGGCCGCAGUGACUGGAAUCGAAAUCCGUACUUUACUGAGGAGACGAAGAGUGCCGUGCGGGAAUGCAUCGUUCCACUUCAGUGCGGGUCACAUGUGCCGGAGUUGGUGCGCCGACAGCUGCUCGCCGCCACGCAAAACCUCAUAUGCUACGACUACCCGCAUCGUUGGCCGUCGCUGAUGCCGCAGCUGAGACGAAUACUUGACGAGUGUGGUGCACACCUGUGCGUUUUAUCAGACGCAUCAUCGUCGCGGGAGGUUGCCACGCUGCGGCUGAAAGGGGCUCUUGGCAUCCUGCGGGCAUGCUGCAAAGUCUACAAUAAUCCAAUUAAAAUUGACGCGGAUGAUAUUGAGGCGUUCAUUGAUGCUUUUUGUCCAUUGCUGCUGUCACUCACAGAGAUGCUGGUAUCCGUGUGGGCGCAGGAGUUACUGGCGCAACAAACGCCGCCACCGCCACCGCCGCAAUUGAAUGGCAUCCCGGACCCUUCUUUCCAGUUUAGCACGAAAAGGAAAGAGAAGUGCAUGUUUGUUUUAUCUUUGUGGCACAACGAAUUGUCUCACUGCCUGCGCAUUGCACUCAAGUGCAUUCAUUCACUCACCGAGGCGCGUUGGCCACGUUUUCUCUGCGACCAACCAGGGAUGGAUCGACUCUGCAAGGGUUGCCUUGGCCAACUGCUGGACGCGAGUCACAAAACACUGCUGCCACUCUAUCGUCUACGCAUCCUCAACAGUGACUGUGGCGACUCGAACCUUUUUUCCUUAUUUCAUGAGUCCGCUGUGUGGAAGCUGUUGAAAUGGACGCAAGGCAUGUGUCUCAAGAUGAUGCAAGAUCUGAUGUUUCCAAAGAGAUGCGAGCGGCGUGCACGCGCGGCGGCGAAGUACUUCUGCGAUCAUUACCUGCCGGGGUUUGUGCAACACGCACUUGACCUUGUACGAUGGCAUGCGACGCCUCGCCAUUUGACGUCCAAGGCUUACAUCAUGUCGCUGGAGAUUCUCACAAUGGCAGUGGAUGGACGGGAGGCGUACCGCAGCGUCAUUGCACCAAAUGCGGAAGAGAUUUUUACUUCACUCAUCUUUCCGCGUCUCACCUUUUCGGCUGAGGAUGCCGAGUUGUGGACAUCUAACCCUGCCGAGUAUGUGCGGCUACAAACAAGUCCCGCUGGGGACCUGUACAGCGCGAAGGUGGUCUCCUCAGGUCUUAUGCUUACUCUGGCGGCAUCAUCCAAACCAUUUCACGACGCGGAUUUUGUGCACCACGUUGUGCAGUAUGUCCUGGAGCGGCUCACAACACACGCCAAAGCAGCGGCGCAGGGGGAUAUGGAGGCGGCACGAGUUGUGGAUGCCUGCCUCUUUGCCAUUUAUCAAUUUAACAAAGUUCUUCGCUCCAUUGGCUUUGGGGAUGAUCGGGUGGAGUGGCUCUUGACAAAUUAUGUGGCACCUGCAGCGAAGUAUCCUGUUGGAUUUCUACGGGCCCGCAGCAUCCUGGUGUUAAGUGUUUUUGCGUCUAAAAUUCACUGGAGCAGUCCACAGGCGUUUCAGUUUGUUCUCUCAGAGAUCCUCCCACUUCUGCAGGAUCCCGAGAUGCCGGUGCGAAUGCAGGCAUGUGCCUCCAUCGCCUCCCUUAUCUGCCAUCCGCAUGCAAGGGACGUCAUUGCACCCUGCAUCAGUGACGUCAUUCAGCACUAUUUUUACGCCAUGCGCCUCAUGGACAGUGAGGGGGUGGUCCGCACCCUGCGCAGGACGAUCAAACACUACCGUGAUGUUCUCUCACAGUGGGCACUACAUCUCACCGAAAUGUUGGUGCAACACUUUCUCCAUGUCCUGGAGCGGGUACUCGCCGAGGAAGUUAAAGAUUCUGAAUUCACGCCAUUUACAGAAAACACCGGUGGUGACGCACGGUUGGAUCCACUGGUUUCCGAUGAAGAUGCUGUCGCGGACACUAUCAUGACCGCUGAUGAGGUCUUGGAGACACUCACAACACUUGUGCGUGCUGUUUCUCAGCAGGAGGUGAACUCUUCUUCCAAGGCAUCAGGGGAGGGUGGCCUCAUUCUGCAGAUGCAGGAACGCAUUGCCCCGUUGCUUUAUGUUGUGCUGUCGAGGGAGAAAGGGAGUUGUCUUGGAUUUAUGGAUGCCUCGCUCAUGUUGCUCACAACAAUAUUGUCACUGAGCUCUGCUGUCGCAUCGCCCAUGUGGCGGCUGUUGCCAUGCAUCCAUCAACUUAUCGUGCAAGGCGCCGUGGACUACUUUUACCAGAUGCUUCCGCCACUGGACAAUUUUGUUUCUGUGUCACCUGAACAGUUUCUCCUUUUCCCGAUGAGUGACCUCUGUGCGGUGCCGGAGUUCGCGGCGAACAUGGCCUCCAUGACACCCGCUCAGAUCGUCUGUAUGAUGUGUGAUACCGUGAUGCAAAGCAGCCACCUCCUGCACCUGCGUGAUCUCUCUGCUGUUCCCAAAGUGUACGACUCCAUCCUGCAGAACUUGUGGCUUUUCAAGCAGCGGGAAGGAGGAGAAAACACAACAGCCAUAGCAAUGGCAGACAGCCUCGUUGAAUACAUCCUGCAGGCCGCACUUCGCGUGUUGAAUGACUCUUCUAGUCAAGAGAAGCAACGCCGUACGCUUACGCUCCUCUUUGCCAAUAAUGUGCUUUCCGCGAUCCUUGCGAAUGCCGCACUCACUGUUAGAAUGCUCUCUAGCGCCGGGGUGCUUUUGCCGUUUUUUGUUCAUUACAUACGGCUUGUGCAGGAGGAAACCAUGCAGGUGAUGCUACGAUCGUACGACCGCCGUCUGUUUGUCAUGGCCAUAGCAACUCUUGCACGGCUGCAGACGGAACAGGCGGAGUUGGCAGCGAGUCUGGAGGAGGUGCUCUGCGGCGUUUUGGAGGGCGAAGUGCUGGAGAAGUACAGUCAUCGCGAGGGUGCGAUGGUCAUCACGGAGGUGGGAAUGCGCGAGUCACUCAGCGAUGGGGACGACUAUGAUGAGGAGGAAUGGAGCGGCGAAACCGAGAGCGACAGUGGGGAUGACGACGAAAUGGAAGAUGAGGAGGAUGAAGAGGAGGAGGCGUUGGGAAUGGAGAAUGAUAAAUGUCUGCAAUCGCUCCUCCAUUCGGCGGCGGAUGUGCUGAAAAGGGACGCAGCUGCCGCCGAUGACGGGGAUGACGAUGAGGGGGAGGAAGACAAUCUUCUCGACGAGACUGACUUUGUGGCUCCUAUCGAUGCGCGCAACGCGUGGGCCUUUUUGCUGGAGUCCUUCCGUCACGCAUCGGCAGCCGCGUCUACACGUUUCUGCCAGCUUGUGGGUGAUGCCAACUCGCAGCGGCAGUUGCAGUCCAUCAUGCAGCUGAGCGAUGCGGUGGAGCAGCUGCUGGCGGCCCGCGGGAGGCCAAAUGCCGCGGACCCCCAUUCCCCUCUUCCCCACCCUCCGGUGCGUGAAAAGUUAAAGCCGCACGUUUUAUAA